AUGAAGUUACUGGACGUUUCCCUCUGGCUCCUGGGCGCAGUGCUCAUCUCGUGCUUGGUGCACACCCGUGGUCUCAGGAGGUGUCUGAUUUCCACGGACAUGCACCAUAUCGAAGAGAGUUUCCAAGAAAUCAAAAGAGCCAUCCAAGCUCAGGACACCUUCCAAAACGUCACUAUCCUGUCCACAUCGGAGACCCUGCAGAGCGUUAAGCCCUCAGACACAUGCUGUGUGACCAAGAACCUCCUGGCGUUCUAUGUGGACAGGGUGUUCAAGGAUCACCGGGAGCCAAACCCCCGAAUCUUGAGAAAAAUCAGCAGCAUUGCCAACGCUUUCCUGUACAUGCAGAGAACCCUGCGGCGCUGUCAGGAGCAGAGGCGGUGUCACUGCAGGCAGGAAGCCACCAAUGCCACCAGAAUCGUUCACGACAACUAUGAUCAGCUGGAGAUCCGCUCCGCCGCCGUGAAGUCCCUGGGAGAGCUCGACGUCUUCCUGGCCUGGAUUGACAAGCACCAUCAAGACACUUCGGCUGCUUGA